UCUAAGUCUGUUGUUCAGAUGUUCUUCAACUCUUCUUUGGACCAUUUCAACAAACUGUGAAGGUAGAAAGUGUGUGUGAGCUGAAGUGCGUUCAGCAGCAUGGAUCAGUGUGAGGACAGAGAGGAGGGAGUCCCUCCCUCUAAAACCACUCUGUAUGGGGAAGAUGAGAGCCAGAGCAAAGGUCAGAGGAUGGAGAAAGUCACACUUAAAAACAAGCAUGACUCCAAGGACCUGUCCUUCAAAAGUCAUGAGUCAAAGGAUAUGUGGUUUGAAUUUAAAUCAGAUCAACCUUCACCAUCAGAGAGGACCCAUCAGAAAUUCCAACAUGAACUUGAACCAGAGCCUGGCCUCAUGUCAGAUGAGAGCGAGAACUCUUAUGAUUUUUAUAUCGACUUUGAAUCUUCUGGACCCUCCUCAGAGAGAGUGGAUCAUCAGUAUUCUGAUGAUCCCAGAACUCAAGCUGCCCACAAAGAAAUGCAGCUGGACUCCAUAUUUAAGCUCCUGGAGGACAACAUAGUCAUUUUUGUGAAAAAUGAGCUCAAGAAGAUCCAGCGUGUCCUCAGUCCAGUUUUCAAAAUAUACCCAGAGAGACAGAUAUGUGGGUUGUUGGAAGGUGAGAAGAAACAGCUGAGGAAGAACAGCAGAGAGGCAUUGUUGAAGAUGACUCUGAAUUUCUUGAGGAUAAUGAAUCUGAAUAAUCUGGCUGACCAUCUCCAAUGCAAACAUUUUGCUACAGUCUAUGAGGAUAACAUUAAAGCUGGUCUGAAGAGGAGGUUCCAGUUUGUCUUUGAGGGAAUUACUAAGGCAGGAAGUCCAAUCCCUCUAAAUCAGAUCUACACAGAGCUCUACAUCACAGAGGGAGGGACUGGAGAGGUCAAUGAGGAACAUGAAGUCAGACAGAUUGAAACAGCAUCCAGGAAACCACACAGACCAGAAACAACAAUCAGACAAGAAGACAUCUUUAAAGUCCAACCUGGAGGAGCUCAACCAAUCAGAACAGUGAUGACAAAGGGAGUGGCUGGCAUUGGGAAAACAGUCUUAACACAGAAGUUCACUCUGGACUGGGCUGAAGACAAAGCCCACCAGAACAUCCAGUUCAUAUUUCCAUUCACAUUCAGAGAGCUGAAUAUGCUGAAAGAGAAAAAGUUCAGCUUGGUAGAACUAAUUCAUCAUUUCUUUACUGAAACUAAAGAAAUCUACAGUUUUGAGCAUUUCCAGGUUCUGUUCAUCUUUGAUGGUCUGGAUGAGAGUCGACUUCCUCUGGACUUCCACAACAAGGAGAUCCUGACUGAUGCUACAGAGUCCACCUCAGUGGAUGUUCUGUUGACAAACCUCAUCAGGGGGAAACUGCUUCCCACUGCUCACUUCUGGAUAACCACACGACCUGCAGCAGCCAGUCAGAUCCCACCUGAAUGUGUUGGCAUGGUAACAGAGGUCAGAGGAUUCACUGACCCACAGAAGGAGGAGUACUUCAGGAAGAGAUUCAGAAAUAAGAAGAAGGCCAGCAGGAUCAUCUCCCACAUGAAGACAUCACGAAGCCUCCACAUCAUGUGCCACAUCCCAGUCUUCUGCUGGAUCACUGCUACAGUUCUAGAAGAUGUGUUAAAGGAUAGAGAGGGAGGAGAGCUUCCUAGCACCCUGACUGAGAUGUACAUCCACUUCCUGGUGGUUCAGACCAAAGUGAAGACAGUCAAGUAUGAUGAAGGGGCAGAAACAGAUCCACACUGGAGUCCAGAGAGCAGGAAGAUGAUUGAGUCUUUGGGAAAACUGGCUUUUGAUCAGCUGCAGAAAGGAAACUUGAUCUUUUAUGAAUCAGACCUGACAGAGUGUGGCAUCGAUAUCAGAGCAGCCUCAGUGUACUCAGGAGUGUUCACACAGAUCUUUAGAGAGGAGAGAGGGCUGUACCAGGACAAAGUGUUCUGCUUUGUUCAUCUGAGUGUUCAGGAGUUUUUGGCUGCUCUUCAUGUCCAUCUGACCUUCAUUAAGUCUGGGGUCAACCUGAUGGAAGAAGCACAAACAUCCUCAAAGAAGUAUAAUUUUUUUCAAGUGCCAAAACUAAAAUCUCUCCAUCAUAAAGCUGUUGACCGGGCCUUACAGAGUUCAAAUGGACACCUGGAUCUUUUCCUCCGCUUCCUCCUGGGACUCUCACUGCAGACCAAUCAGAGACUCCUUAAGGGUCUGAUGACACAGACAGGAAGUAGCUCUCAUGAAACAGUUCAGUACAUCAAACAGCAGAUCAGGGAGAAUGUGUUUGCAGAGAAAACCAUCAACCUGUUCCACUGUCUGAAUGAACUGAAUGAUCGUUCUCUAGUGGAGGAGAUCCAACAGUCUCUGAGUUCAGGAAGUCUCUCCACAGACAAACUGUCUCCUGCUCAGUGGUCAGCUCUGGGUUUCAUCUUAGUGUCAUCAGGAGAAGUUCUGGAUGUGUUUGACCUGAAGAAAUACUCUGCUUCAGAGGAGGUUCUUCUGAAGCUGCUGCCAGUGGUUAAAGCCUCCAACAAAGCUGUGUUGUGUGGAUGCAACCUCUCAGAGAAAAGCUGUCAAGCUUUGUCCUCAGUUCUCACAUCCCAGUCCACUACUGUCACAAAACUGGACCUGAGUAACAACAAUCUGAAGGAUUCAGGACUGCACCUUCUCUUACAUGGACUGGAGAGUUCAAAUUAUAGCCUACAAUCCCUUAGAUUGAGUUGCUGCAACCUGUCAGAGAGAAGUUGUGAAGUUCUGUCCUCAGUUCUCAGCUCCCAGUCAUCCAGUCUCAGAGAACUGGAUCUGAGUAACAACAACCUGCAAGAUUCAGGAGUGAAGCUACUUUCAGCUGGACUGGAAAGUCCAAAUUGCAAAAUAGAAAUUCUCAGCUUGUCGGGCUGUUUAAUCACAGACGAAGGCUGUUCUCAUCUGGCCUUUGCUCUCACCAUGAACCAUUCUCAUCUGAAAGAGUUGGACCUGAGCUACAACUGUCCAGGAGAGUUGGGAGUGAAACAGUUGUCGUUUGGACUGCAGGAUUCACAAUGGAGAUUAAACACUCUAAGAGUGGACCCUGCCGGAGUCCAGUGGUUAACACCAGGUCUGAGGAAGUAUUCUUGUCAACUCACAAUCGACUUAAACACAGUGAACAGAGAGCUCAGAUUGUCUGACAACAACAAGAAGGCUACACGUGUGAAGGACCGUCAGUCUUAUCCUGAUCAUCCAGACAGAUUUGAUGUCCCUCAGCUGCUUUGUCAAACUGGUUUGACCGGUCGUUGUUACUGGGAGGUUGAGGUGAGAGGAGAAGUGGAUAUAUCUGUGAGCUACAGAGGAAUUAGAAUUAGAGGAUAUAGUGAUGCUUGUUGGUUUGGACGGAAUCAUCAGUCCUGGAGUCUGUUCUGCUCUGAUAAGGGUUAUUCAGUCUGGCACAAUGCCAAAAAAACACCCAUCCUCUUCUCCUCUUCCUCACCUUUCUCCACCUUCUAUGUCUCCAACAGAGUAGCAGUGUAUCUGGACUAUCCUGCUGGGAUUUUGUCCUUUUAUAGAGUCUCAUCUGACUCACUGAUCCACAUCCACACCUUCAACACCACAUUCACUGAACCUCUUUAUGCUGGAUUUAGAAUAUUUCCAGAUUCCUUGUGA